UCUUACCUGCAUGUGACCUCUUAGCUGAGGGGCAGCACAGUCUAAGUGGACAGGACACUGGACCGGUAGUCAGGAGACCUGCACGCUCUUCCGCGUUGUCCCCUCUCGCUCUUUGUCGACUCAAUUUAGGGGGCAGAGAUUGUCACUUCGUAGCCAUAUGCUACUAUAUAGCCACUGUAUAGCAUAUGCUAUAUGCAGAACGGACCCUCUGGGUAUUACAAUACAAGCAGAAAAAGAAUUCAAAACAUUAUUCCUGGGGCCAAGCCCGACAGCACCCGCCUGUGCCUGGAGAAGGCAAUGAGUGCUGCAGGCACCCAGCACCCAUCUCAGGGCAGCGAUGUCACAAACCUUUGACAUCACAAGCACAACUCCACCCUGGGGAUGCCCAGACUACACCGAACCUCUGUUCUUCCCCGAUGUCGGUGGUGAAAUCAAUUGAAAUCGUGGUGCCCGAGGAUAAGGUCUAUUUGGCAGGCUUCAGCAUAGAUGGCCAAGUGGUUCUGAGUCUUAACAGCACUUUGAUCAACCCUAUGGUGAAGGUAGAGCUGGUAGGGAGAGGUUAUUUGCAGUGGAACGAAGACGUCGGUGCGGACAAGGAUUACAGCAGGGACGUUGUCUGCAAUAACAAGGCUGACUACAUCAAUAAGACAAAGACGUUCAAGAUAGAGGGGAACUGGCUGGAUUCAGGAACCCACACCUUUGACUUCCACUUCACCUUGCCUACCAGACUUCCCUCCACGUUCACCAGCAGGAUAGGCUAUGUUUCCUACUUCCUCCAAGCCUCCUGCUCCAGUCGUGAGCUCAUCUUAGCUAAGAAGAAGAAGUAUUUACUAGUGCAGGGGACCUCUGGCAUCCUUAAAGACAGACUACAGUCCAAGCACCCUUUUGUAGUGGAAGUCGACAAGGCCGUAGCUUAUCACUGCUGCUUCCAACAAGGCCGUGUGGUCCUGAGGAUUUCCCUGGUGAAAAACAUAUUCUGCCCCAGUGAGAACGUCACCUUCACCACCGAGAUCGACAACCAGACAGGCAAGUCCAUUAAAAGGGUGGUUUUCACCUUGUACUCCAAUGUCCUCUACAUGGGCUUCACCACUAGGUCAGAGCCACGCACCCUGGAAGACCGAAACGUACUGUUAAGGCUGGAGCCCGGGCUGGAAGCUAUGCCCUUUGAGGUCACCAGGAUCACCAACAUAAUGGCCCUGCCCAGUCUGCUACCUGUCAGCUGCAUGUCCUUGGCCAACGAGAUCAUGGAAAUCCGCUACGAGCUGGUGGGAACCCUUUACCUUCCCUGGUCCAUGUCCAGCGUUGUGGCUAGAGUGCCCGUCCUCAUAGGCACCAUUCCCACGGCCGAUAUGGAGGAGUCAGGCAGUGGCGCUCAUCCAAACCCAUAGCAAGGAGACAACACGGGAGGAGCCGGGAGCACGUGUGCUGAGGCCCAGACAAUAAAGAUUUGCUGCAAACAUGCUCGUGCCAACUGUCUACUUUCACAACAGGGCUUUGCAUAGGAAUGCUCUGGAUUCAGCAGGGGUGCCAGGAUCAGGCCAAAACUGAGUAGGAGCAGCUGGACCCUAUGAGAAGGGCGAUAACAUAGAGACCUCGUGCCCUCCCCAGCACAGAAAGACAAGCAGUUCUACUUAGAGCAGAAAACCAGUCACUAGACCUGAGUUUUAAGGGCUGCUGACACUAUGACUUGGCUUGUCAGUGCCUCAGUUUCCCCAGAAACAAUGCAAGAAGCAGGAGCACAGGUUGAGUCUACCCCCCUCCCCAAUCUUGCAUCAUAGCUGGCUUGGGGAGAAUCAUAGAAAGUGAGGGUCGGGAGGGACCUCAGGAAGGAGGAAGGGACACCUGGAAAUGAGUGUGACUUGCCCAAUGUCACACAACAGACCUGGGAGCAGAACACAGGU